AUGACUACGUCAGGAGAAGAGUCUGAUAAUGAAUCGGAGGAACUUUCACAAAAUCCUUGGCCGUAUCUAAACUCAGUGUUUGAGUUUGCCCGAGCAAAUAAGAAUGUGGACAAAGACAAACGAAAGACAUUCAUUUUUAAAUGUUUAUUGUGUCUGCCGAAGCAGAACUUCCUCUCUGCUUUUAACAACUUAACGUCCCACUUAAAGAAACAUGUUGACAGGUGUCAUGAAUCACACAAGUGGAAAUACGCAGAACUGACUAAGGUGUCCUUGAAGAGAAAAUCUAAAUCGCUGCCUGGGACAUCUUCCACGAAUCUCAAACAGGUGAGGCUUGAAGAAACUAAGCAACUCUCACAGAAGACUGUUGACAAUGCAGUACUCAGUUUCAUAGUCCAAGGUCAACAGCCCUUCUCUCUUGUUGAGGUGCCAGCUUUCCGGAGCUUAGUCACAGAUCUACAGCCAAAGUAUACCGUCAUGUUUCAAACCACUGUCCAGCACAAGCUUGGUGGAAGGUGGAAGGAGAAGAUAAAGGAAGAAAUGAAGAAGGCUUCGUACAUUGCCACAACAACGGACUGCUGGUCUGCAAGGAGGAGGAGUUUUCUUGGCAUUACAGCACAUUGUCUGGAUCCAAGUAGCUUUAAGAGACAUUCUGUUGUUCUUGCAUGCAGGCAGUUAAAGGGCUCUCACACAUUUGGUGUCCUGGCAGGUGCAUUGAAUGACAUACACCUAGAGUAUGAAAUCCGUGAGAAAAUUGUAAGAACCACUACUGAUGAUGGAUCAAACUUUAUCAAAGUGUUCCGUGUGUUUGGAGUUGGAGAAGAUGAAAACAACAAUGCUGCUGCUGAGACAACUGAUGCUGAGGAGACCACUAAUGAAGAUGAUGAAACUGAUGAGGAGACUGAGGAGGAGGAGGAGGAGGAGGUGGAGUUCAUUGAUGUUGAAGCCAUUUUGGCUGAAGAUGAUGGUCUACAGUACGAGCUCCCAAAGCAUCAUAGGUGUGCUUGCCAUCUUUUAAAUCUUGUGUCUUCAGUGGAUGUCAAAGAGGCAGACAAGACAGCGCACUACAAGACACUGAAGGUCCACUUUUGGCAAAUCCCAGGCCCUGUGGAACAAGACAUCAAGGUCCAUAAGUGCUGCAGAGGUUGUGGAAAAGCAUUGCAAACUUCAGCUGGUGCAACCCAAUGCUACAAGAUGGAACUCCUUUUACAUGGCUGUGGAGUGGAUUCUUAGGAUCAUCAAACAACAAGGAGAGGGAUCUGUGAGAACUGUCUGUGCUGCAUUCAAUCUUCCAAUGUACAGUCCGGCUGAAAUCGCCUUUUUGGG